GACCUAUGACGAUUGACAGUGCAAAAAAGAUAAAGAAGAAAGACGUGGCGGCACUAACGCGUUGGUUUAGCGUCACCUCCGUAUCCAAUUCAGAAUCACCUCGCUCGUGUUACUUAAAACAGAACAAGAAGAUUCUUCAAAGCAACAACUUCGAAAAGUGUAAGGAAAUUAUGUCAUCAAACGAAGAAAAUGUCAAGAAAGAGAAACUUCAUGUUAAAAUGAAGACGGAGGAAUUAGAUCCCAACGAGAAGGGAGAGAAUGUUGAGGUGGAGAUGGAAGUUAAGGCCAAGUCUGUUGAGAAGGUUAAAACAAAGAAAAACGAAGAAGAGAGUGGAGAGAAAUCAAAGAAGGAAAAUGAAAAAGAAAAAAUAAAGGGCAAGAAGGAUGACCCAAAGGUAGAAGAAGAUAAACAUGACAAGAAGAAAGAUGAAGAAAAUGUUUCCAAGAAACAUGGGGAACAUGAAGAAGGUCAUGGAGAUAUGGAAACGGAAGAGAAAGAUAAGGAACACAAGAAGGAAAAGAAGGGUAAAGAGAAGAACCAGGAGGAUGUAUCGCAACAAAAGGAGUUAAAAGAAGAGGGAGAAGGCGCAGAGGGAAAAAAAAAGACGGAUAAAGAGAAGAAACCGAAAGAAGAAUCCAAGAGUAAGGAAGACAAGAAGAAGAAAAAAGAAGAGAAGGAUGAGCCUAAGGAAGAAGUUGAAGGAAAGAAGAAGAAGAAAGAGAAGAAAGAACAAGAUAUGGAGGGUUUAGACUCUCAUGUAAAAGUGGAAGAGCAAGAUAAAGAAGACAAGAAGAAAAAGAAAGAUAAAGAGAAGAAACACACGGAUGUGUCAAAACAGAAGGAGGAGUUACAAGAAGAAGAUGAAGGCAAAAAGAAUAAGAAGAAAGAGAAAGAUGAACCAGGUGCAGAGGACAAAAAGAAGAAGACAGAUAAAGAGAAGAAACUGAAAGAAGACAAGAAGAUAAAAAAGGGAGAGAAAGAUGAGCUUGAAGAAGAAGAUAAAGGAAAGAAGAAAAAAGAGAAGAAAGAAGAUGAAGCAACAGAUCAAGAGAAGAAGGAAGAAGAUAUUAAGGAGGGAAAGAAAAAGAAGAAUAAGGAUAAGGAUAAGAAAAAGGAAACGGAUGAUAUAUGUGAGAAAGAAGCAGAAGAUGAAGAUGAGAAUGAAGAAGAAAUAAAGCAAAAAAACAAAAAGAAAAAAGAGCCGAAGAUGAAGAAGGACGAAAAAGAUAAUAAUGUUGACAAGGAGGAGGAAAACAUUGUCACUGAAGUAUUGUCUAGAGAGAUUAAAUUUGAAGAGCCAGAAGCUGAUCAGGAAAAGGAAGGGAAGCCGAAAGACAAGAAGAAUAAGAACGUGGAGGAAGGCGAAGAGGGUGAUCAAGAAGGGAAGAAAACAAAGAAGAAAGAUAAAGAGAAAAACAAGAAAAAAGAAUCAAAGGUUGAAGAAGAGACGAAAGCUCAUACUGACGCGGAUGCGAAGGACGUCAAAAUAGUAGGGUCAAAAGCUGAAGAUGGUGAUGAAGAAAAGGGGAAAAAAGCAAAGACAAAAGAAGAAAAGAAAGACAAAGAUGUAAAGAAGCUCAAUGAAACCAAGAAGAAAGGUAAUAACAUUGGUAAGCUGAAAAUGGAACUGGGGAAGAUUGAUGAAAAAAUUGGAGCCUUAACGGAGAAAAAGACAGAAAUUAUGAAUCAAAUUAAAAAAGCAGAGGGAGAGCAA